CUUGAGGGAGGUGGCUUCGCAUUUACAGUUGCCACAGCACAGCUCGCAUCUUUUACUUGUGUGCCUCACGCGCGCUCGAGCGCACAUUCCGCCUGUCCACGAGCGACUUUAGCGAGAACUACUGAGCGCGCACGCUUCACGUCACCCGAGACCCAUUUCAGUUGCUCGUUUGAGCUUUAUUCGGCACUAAAGCAGUACUUUAUAAAACAGGGCAUGAUGACUAGGAGGAACGGAGGAAUUCUCCCUUCAGCGUCUUGAGUGGAGAUUCAGCUUUGAAUGAAACGGUCUGCAAAAUUACCUGCCAAACGCGCAGAUGUGUCGAGCUUUGAGGGAAUAGUGCAGUUUAAUCAACAAACUUCUGUUUGCUUUGACUGACAUUGACACGCCAUGGCAUCAGUGUCGUGGAGACACGCGCUUUUCUUCUUGGUGGUUGUGAACCUGUCUGUGUUAACGAUGGCAUGCAGCAGUCACUAUGGAAAUGCCAUUGAGGAGUUCUGCCUGGCCAAGUUCAAGCUGGACAUGGAGGUUCUCGAUCAGCACCAGUGGUGCAGCUGGGAGGACACUGUUGAGUCCUAUGGAGAACUGACCAACUGCACGUUCCUCGUGGCUCUGAAGAUGAACUGUUUCUGGCCCAACCAAAUGGUGGAUGAAUUCUUCAUCCGGGUGCACAGGCACUACUUCCAUGACUGUUCAUUGUCUGGACGGCUGCUUCACGACCCACCCAAUCGGAUCUUGGGGCCUUUUAUCGUGGUGCCCAUUCUGGUGACGCUACUCAUGACUGCUUUAGUGGUGUGGAGGAGUAAACGCAGUGAGGGAAUCGUAUAAGUCUAUAACAGCUAACCAAGAACCUCCACACUGAACAACAGAGAAGGUGAUAUUUCACAGACUGCAAACACUAAGAAAGACUUGUUUCUCAUAUAUUGAAACGCUUAUAGUGAACACUGUCACUGUGUUAUCUACAAACAGAUAACAUACAAGUCAUUUAUAUGGACAAAAACUUUAAGCACAAUUUCUUUUAAGUAGUUUUCAACUAAAUGUUUCGUCAUGCCAGCAUUUUGUCAGUUAAACAGAUCUCCAAUCUGGAUGCAAGUCAUUAUCAUGAUGAUGGAUAAGUGUCAACUUGAAUGGGUAAACACCAAUCUAAAGGAAGGACACUGUUAUUCCCAUGUGUUUGACGAACCUAUGUGAACACUGGACUCAAUCACUUUGUGACACCUCAAUGUAUUUCACACUCGUAGAUGUGCUUUGUGCCAAAUUAUGACAUUCGUAGCAUGACAUUCAUGAUUAAUAUUAUUUUGUAGUUUUUAAAAAUAAGAAAAGAGGGCUACAACCAUGAACAUGCCAAUAUAUUAAUGAUCCCUAAAAAAAAAAAAAUCAAUUGAUAAUUGUAUUUAUAUGCUCCAAAGUGAACAACUCCAUUAGAUAUUUGGCCAAAAUGCUUUGGCCAAAGCAUCGCACAUAUCCCUCAAAGACAAUUUUAUGAAGAUUUUGGGAAGCUGUGAGAAAUUGAUUUCAUUCAAUACUGAAAAGUACCAAUAAAAAGUUCUAAUUGCAAUCCAAGUAAAAGUUGACUAUUUUGACUAAUGGACACAAUAUGUGGAUUAUAUAUUCAGUUACUUAAAAAAUAAUAAUAAUAAUAAUUGCACUGAUAAUAAAAUCUAUGUGCAUUUAUAUAAAUAUACCACAAAUGUCAUCUCAAUUAAGUUUGUACAAAUGUAUGGCACUUAUGAAGCUUUAAAGAUAACCAUACAAAAACUCCAAAUGACUUGACUAUUGUUCAACACCAUCUGGGUUUUUUACUUUUAAUGCUUAACAUCAUAAGGGACAAUGUACUACCUGCAUUACAUUUAAUGUUUUAAAUUGCUCAAAUUCCAAAAGUAUUUGUUCAGUUUGCCUUUAUCAAAAUCUUGUGAAACCCCAGUUGGGUAACUGCCUAAAAGAGUAGAUGUCUGCUGUGUAGGCAACAGACAGUCAUGUAGCUUUUGUACUGAUAGUGGCUAUCAGAUACUAUUAGAAGCAGUGAACUGAGAGACUUACUGCAUUUAUUUGGUGUCUCUUAACUCACAGCUUCAUGAGGUCAUGUCAAGGGAAAUUAUUUUCUUUCUUUAGUGGAGAGCAACCCGGGCUAAGAAGCUUGCAGCAUUUGUCAAGGAAUAAUUCUUGUAUUAGCACUAAAAUGAUGUUUUUAUUUACAUGGGUCUGCUAUUAUUUAUUUUUAUUUUUUGUAUAUCUGAGUAUCUCUGGAGCUCUGUGUCCACAGUUAGUGGAUUAAAAGCCUGUGGUUUUCACCUGCCUGUGGCGAACUGGACAGCAGCACAGAAACACCAGAUGUCCCUAAUGUCAGCUGAAUUUCAAAGCCUCUGAUUUCUGCUUAAGUUAUAAUAAAGCCAUUUGCCCUCGA